AUGCACUGCCUUUCUUCUGCGUCGCUGCGGUCUCUUCUUCCGAAGUGGAUACAAUCUCUCUGGUUCCCACCAGGAGAGCAAAUUAGAGAACGCCUGGAUCAUACUGUCCCCACUGUUCCCAGCUCGUAUACGCGAACUGAACCAGCGGUAUAUAGGCCUCAAAUUUCGGAAGUUGCAUAUAAAGUCACAAAGCCUCUACCAGUUUGCAUUUCAAACCAAAAAGAGAGACUACCAUGGACACACACUAAACCACUCGAAAAUUAUAUUUCAACUCAACCCCGAGCUAUUUCCAUGAGAUUUGAUGACAACACAGAUUGUGGGACUAUUGUGCUUCCUGACAUCCCUCCAGGCGUUAAAUUUGUCAAAGGCAAGAUUACUUACAUGGGAGAGGAACACCCAUCGCCUGAUUGGUCAACUAUGUGUUUAAAAACCAACAAACUGGCUGUGAUCAUGUUGUCAAACAUUAGUCAAGAACCGAGUCUUCAGUAA